AUGGGGAUGCAGCUCGCUUUGAUGAUUAUUCUACCAAUCGUCGCCACGGCUUCGACAAACAUCGCAGGAGACGGAGACAUAAACAUCACGGCAACGGGAAACAUUGAUCUUACUGCAACAAGUAUAACCGUAAACGGUAAACCUCUACACGAUUUCAUCACUGGCCAGAAAGCAGGGAAAGGAGACGCAGAGACAGGAGAUCAGCAAGGAAUACCGUCUCCGGACGCGUGCCGUUGUUGCGAUCGUUUGUCAGCUCUAGAGUUAGAGCUAGCGCGAGUGGCCUUGUCGACUGGACAUCGUCGCAGCGGUGUGUAUACUGUUGAUCCUGGUGAUGGUUUGGAGGCAUUUAAGGUCUACUGUGACAUGACGACGAGUGGAGGUGGUUGGACUGUCUUUCAGAGAAGACAAAAUGGAUCUGUGGAUUUCUAUCGCAAUUGGGCAGAUUACAAAGCUGGUUUUGGUGACAUCAACGGCGAAUUUUGGUUGGGAUUGGACAAGAUACAUCGUCUUACAGCUACAAACCAGACGCUCAGAAUUGAUCUGGCUGCCUUUUCAAAUGGUAAACGCUACGCACAAUAUGAAGCCUUCUCGAUAGCAGACGAAGCUGCUAAAUACAACAUAAGUUUCGGACAGUACAGUGGCAAUGCUACCGAUUCACUAUAUAGUCACAACGGCAUGAAAUUUUUGACGAAAGACCAAGACAAUGAUGUGUAUGGCGGAUCUUGUGCUCUUCGAUAUCAAGGUGGAUGGUGGUAUGACGCAUGUCAUGUGUCUAACUUAAACGGAAAAUAUUUGAAAGGAAGUCAUUCUUCUUAUGCGAAUGGCGUUAAUUGGAGCAGUUGGAAGGGAUAUAACUACUCACUGAAAUUUACUGAAAUCAAAAUGAGACCAACAGUGUGA